UCAAAUACUUCUAAGGCAUCUUCAUUUCGAGUAGAGUGUAGGCAUCACCUUUUUAGUGCCAAAACACCGCCACCGGAGAAACGAAACACCUCCGCAGGAACAAGAACCUCGUCAUCGUCAUUUUUCAACUUCAAACCCCCGGACCAGUUUGAUUACUGCACUGGUCACACCUGUCCUGUGUAUACCUGUCCUCGUGACCAUUUCCAUCUGAGCUAUCGAGCUCCCGCGCGAAAGCCUCAUCCUAGCUUUCAUCGGUUCCAUCCUACCCAUCGCGACCCAGCCAGCGACACAUUUAUCAAAAUGCGAAUACAAUCAAGUGGAGUCUCACUCCUCCUCUCCACCCUCCUACCAAGUCUGGCAUCCGCAUCUGCGUCUGGCUUCGACUGCGCAGACAUCAAGAUCGACAAUUACAAAUACGAUCUCAGUCCCCUAAAAGGCGUCCACGAGUUGACUCACAGCGUAACGACCGAUGACUACGUGACGAAUACAACCUACCGAUUGAAUAUCUGCAAUAUUCUCGAGGGCGCUGCCCGGUAUGGCGACGCGACGUGCGGGACUGGCAAAAACGUUUGUGGAUUCGUGCACCGAACACCGAAGGACGGAAAUGGCGGUUCUACGUUCGGUUUCCCGAUCGUCGGACUUGACCCUGCUGGCAAAGACCCGAAGAACCCAGAACCGAAGCGAUUGAAGGAUAUCGACCCGGAGACCGAGGGACUGCGCGUGAAACUAGAAGGCGGCUCUUACAAGGGAGAUGUCAAUGACCAGAAGCCCAAGAAGGCAGCCGCUAUCAUUGACUUCCAGUGCGAUCACGAGCGAUCUGGACUGGAGGGUCUGCGUACGAUUACAGAGGAAUCGGAGAAGAAGGAGCGACGACGGAGAGCGGACGGCGAGGAAGGCCGUGUGCCGUCGGGAAACAGCACGUUGGGAAACAGCAACAACAGCAGUAGUCUGCAGUUCAAGAGCUUUGCUCCGUCGGAUGAUGAUACCUACAUCCUGAGACUGGAUUGGCGCACAAAGUAUGCCUGCGACGAGGUCAAGAAGGAGAAGGGCGAUACUCCCAGCUCUAAGAGCUGGGGAUUCUUUACCUGGUUGAUCAUCAUUGCCUUCCUCUGUAUCGCCGCCUACCUCAUCUUCGGCUCCUGGCUCAACUACAACCGUUAUGGCGCCCGUGGCUGGGACCUCCUCCCCCACGGCGACACCAUUCGCGAUAUCCCCUACCUCUUCCAGGACUGGCUCCGUCGUGUGGUCAAUACUCUGCAAGGAGCGGGCUCGCGGGGUGGUUACAGUGCGGUAUGA